CGGCAACAGCAGUGAAUUAUCAAUUGAUAACUUCUUUUCUUCUAAUUCCUUCAAAACAAUAAAUGAAUCAACACAUCACAUUGAACAAUAAGUCUACCUUUUACGAUGUUUGCCUAACCAAAUAACUUGAUCCUUGUUUUCCAGUAAUGUCAUCAUUCGAAUAAAGGUAGGUAGCCUUUAGUCCGUUCGGUAUGAAGUAUGAAUUAUAUAUUUUGAAUAAUUAAUUACAAUUUGCAAGAAUUAAGUUUCCAACGGUACCGUUAGUCAACCUAAAAUUUUCAGUGUCCUUACGCGUAGUGUUACCAUGAUGUUUUUCGCAAUCCUGUUGAUGUUCGGUGCAAUGAAACCAUCGGAUACUGCAAAUAUACUUUUCUUUGCACCCAUCCCUUCAUAUAGUCAUCAAGUGAUCUAUCAACCAAUUUGGAAGGAACUUUCACUUAGAGGCCACAAUGUUACAGCAGUGGCAGUGAAUACACUCAACGACAAAACUCUAACCAACUUAACAGAAAUCGAUUUAGGAAUAUUAUAUGAGUACAAGAAGAGGUUUUCAAAAGAAUCUAUAAAUUUCAUAUUUCACAAGCCCAACUUUUUAGGGGUGUUCCUAAAGGAUAUGUAUAUAUACCAAAUCGUAUCAGUGGUUCAUGAAUUUGCCCUUAGAAACCCUGAAGUGCAGAAAUUGAUAAGAAGUAACGCAAAAUUCGAUGUUGUUAUUGUUGAGUGGUUAUUUCCAACAGCGGCAGCUUUCUCGACUAAGUUCAAUUGUCCUCUCAUAGGAAUAUCAUCUUUUGGUGUUCCAACUCCUGCUCUUGACGCUAUUGGUAAUCCAGCCCAUCCACUUCUUGCUCCUGAUCAUACUUUACCAAUAAGGAAAGAAGAAAUGUCACUCAAAGAGAGAUUGCUUUCUACAAUUUUCUCUGUCUACUCGAGAUUAUACUACAAUUUCGUUGUUCUUCCGAAAGAAGACCGUAUAGUGAAAGAUAUUUUUGGUCCAGAUAUGCCUUUUAUUGGAGACAUUGAACGAAAUAUAAGCUUAUUGUUAUUGAACAGGAAUCCAGUGUUUCAUAAGAUCAUGCCUGUUUUACCAAAUGUACAGGAGCUUGGUGGACUUAUAGAAAGGGGAAAAUAUAUUGAAUUGAAUUCUGAACUGAAGAAAUUUUUGGACGAUUCCAAAAAUGGUGUAAUAUACUUUAGUUUAGGGUCUAAUGUUCUAAGUUCCAAUUUGCCAGAAGAUUUGAUAGAAAAAUACAUCAAAGUAUUUGAGCAAAUACCUUAUAACGUUUUAUGGAAAUGGGAAACAGACAAGCUUCCUAGACAGCCAAAGAAUGUUUACAUACACAAAUGGGUACCCCAAACAACAGUUUUAGCUCACCCAAAUGUGAAGUUGUUUAUGACACAAGGUGGACUCCAAUCAAUGGAGGAGACGAUAUCUCAUCAUGUACCUAUUAUUGGAAUGCCUUCACAUUCAGAUCAGACAAUGAAUGUUGACACUGCUGUUAAAUAUGGAUUUGGAAUCGGUAUAGAUUUUGAUGAAAUAACAGUAGAAAAACUUAAGGCUGCAAUCAAUGAAAUAAUGACUGACAAGAGCUACAAAGAGAAUAUCAUACAAAUCGAAAAACUAAUGAAUGAUGUCCCAAUGAAAGGUAUAGAGAAAGCUGUUUGGUGGAUAGAAUAUGUAAUAAGACAUAAAGGAGCAAAACAUCUUCGAAGUUCUUCGAUGGACAUACCAUGGUACCAAUAUUUACUUCUUGAUGUCAUGGCUGUAAUAUUAUCGGUAUUGAUAUUAGCAAUAUUUAUAAUCUACCUAUUAGUUAAAUCAAUCCGCAAAUUGUUUAGGCUAAUUUUCUGUAAAAAAAAUAAAUCAAAAAAAGAAUAAUAAUAAAAUACCCAAUUAAAGUUA